GCAGUGUUAGUGGAAUGCAAUGCGUUUCAUAAUUGUUGUUUGUUUAAAAUCAGAAGAAUUUGUUUACCUUUGUUGUAAACAAAACGCUUUAUCCAUUAUAAGAUGAAACAUUCAUUACUCUGUUGUUUCUUAGAGAUACUCACAUACACAGCCAUGUUGCCGUCUAAAAUCAGAACUGUGACAAGAUUAUUUUUUUUAAUCAGCUUAACGGGUUUGGUAACGUACGUAGGAUUGGCGUUUUAUUCAUUUCAAACCACUUUUAGUUCUGUGAUGGAAACGGGAACUUCUGUCUACAUUCUCAAUAAGACAGAGAAUUUCAAUUCACGUCCGAAAUCCAUACUGCUGUGGACAACGAGUGAUCAUACGGAAAAUCCCAUAGGCGAAGGUCAGGAACCAUUUAUAAAGCAGAACUGUUUGUUUCUCAAUUGCUUCAUUACAUCAAAGAAAAACAGUUUAAAAGAUUACAAAAAUUUUGAUGCUGUCCUCUUUAAUUUGAGUCUAGUAAAAGUCUGGAGAAAACUUAAUUUACCACAAGACAGAUCUUACAAUCAAAAAUACGUGUUUCAUUCAAUGCUACCAUCAAACGAGAAUCCGAUGUGCAACAAUGAUCUGGAUAAUUAUUUCAACUGGACUUGGUCUUAUAAACUGUAUUCGGAUAUUGUGACGCCGUUCAUAGAAGUGCUAGAUCUUGCAGGAAACAUAGUAGCUCCUAAUACAGACGUUGAGUGGUCCAAUAUGAAAUCGAACGAUAGUUUCAUGAUACCAGUGAAAAAAUCUAAAGCGGUCGCAUUGUAUAUAAAGAAAUGUCAGCCAAUGUUACGAAGGAUGGCGUAUAGUAAAGAAUUGCAAUACUUUUUGAAAGAGCAUCACUUGGAGAUGGAUAUUUUUGGUUGUGGUGGUAUCAAAUGUCCAACGGCAGAAGAUUGUCGCAGUAUUAUCGAAAAUUACCACUUUUAUUUGGUUUACGAAGAAAGCAUGUCCGAAGAUUAUUUAACCAAUGAAGUGAUGUAUGCUUAUGAUAAUUUCGCUGUGCCUAUUGUCAUCAGCGGUGUUGACUAUACCAAGUUUCUGCCACCUGUGUCUUAUAUAGACGCUGGUGCUAUACAUCCAGACAAAUUGGCAGCCAUCAUAGACUACACUAUUAGGAAUCCAUCAACAUACAAUGGCUACCACAGCUGGAGAAGCUCCUACAGCAUUCGAGAAGUAAAUCACCUGAGAGGUCUCUGUGAUCUUUGUCGAUUACUUAAUAAUGGCGGAAGAAUGGUUGUUCAUAGUACGUACGAGACUUUCAGAAAAUGGUGGUUCUAUGGAUCGUUACGAGAAAGAUGCUAUCCGAAGGGUGCAGAAACAUUUUCAGAGUUACUCUCUUAUAUCAAUGUUACUUCUAAGAAGAAAAACUCUAACAUUAAAGGACGAUACACUUAAAUGAAAAUUUAUAAAUUAACUAAUUUGAUUUGGUUUGUUGAAAAUUCAUAUUAAAUAUAGCGCUGUUUACAUUUUUAGUAGAAUACAUUUACUUCUAAACUUAGGUAUAUUAUUUUUUCCUUAAAAGCAUGCAUAAAAGAAUACUCAUCAUUGAACGGUCACAAAAUGUCAUCUAUUAUCUUUGUGCUAACCUUCCUACUAGUAAGUAAUAAAAGGUUAAGUUUUGUGACUGAAGAAUGGCGGGGAAUGGAUACCGCUCUUGUGAAUCGACGUAAUAAUAAUAAUUGUUAUCAAUCUGAUUAAUUAGUUAAGUAAUUAGAACUGAGUAGCAGUCAUAAUACCCUUAUCGGGAUAUCGGAGGUUCUCAUGUGAAAAAACGACAAUAAUAAUACAGUUAAAAAUUAAAUAGAAACCGAAGGUGAUUUCUGAUUCUAAACAUAACAAUUUAUGAUAACAUUUUAAGUUUGUAUAACUCAAAUGUCUUUCAUCGUGAAUGUCGUUCGUGAACCUAUUGACUUGGAUUUAUUUUGGUACCUACCAGAAGAUUUGAACCACGGCUUGGUUACAAUUGAAGCCACUUUUACAUUUUAUUCCCGCCUUUUUUAUUGUCAUUAAAUUAUUUCCAAGGUUUCGAAUAUUUUACAGUUUUAGUGGUCACGAACGCAAUCGUAUCGUAUAGACAUGGGCGAAUAUAGUUCUAGAAAAUAAAGCACACGAUUAAUUUAUAAUCAGAAUGUAAUUUAUGUAAUUUAAUUUUUUACAGGUGGUAGGACCUCUUGUGUGUCCGCGUGGGUAGGUACCACCACCCUGCCUAUUUCUGCCGUGAAGCAGCAAUGCGUUUCGGUUUGAAGGGCGGGGCAGCCGUUGUAACUAUACUGAGACCUUAGAACUUAUAUCUCCAGGUGGAUGGCGCAUUUACGUUGUCGAUGUCUACGGGCUCCAGUUACCACUUAACACCAGGUGGGCUGUGAGCUCGUCCACCAAUCUAAGCAAUAAAAAAAAGUAUUUCCAACAUUUAUUUAGAACAAGGGUAUUUUAAAACGGAUCUAUCAAUUAUUGCUCUUAAAGUUAAUUUAACAAAAACUGUAUAAAUGAACAUUUUUAAGCGAAACACUAUUUUCGGAAACUUCAUUUUACACUGUGGAACUAAUCAAACAGUGCCUUUAAAACAAACAAUUUGGCGCUGAUUACCAUACUGUAGGUAAGUAGGGCCAGUAACAAAGAGCUGAUGAAUAUUCUAACAGCCAGAAAACCGAUGCUAACUAGUUGCGACGGAAUCCACUUGAGUUGCCGACGGUACACUAUUGUAUACGUUUUUGAGGAUUCCCUGAAUGUAAUUAUUCGAAGCACACGAAUAUAAUAAGAUUUAUGUAUCUUUUAAACUUUUUAUACAUUUUGGAACGAAGUUCCUUAUAGGACGAUGCGGAGGGGUACCCUAACCGGGACAAAACGUCCGUAACGUAAGAUUUUUAUUAUUUAUGUAUAGUCUUAGUAUGAUGGCUAUACAGUGUCUAGUGUAUAGUCUACGUGAUGACGGUUAUUAUUAUUAUAUAUUUUUUAUAAAUCAUUGUGAAUAAAAUAAAGUUGAUAACUUUGUAAA